AAUUAAAUUCGUUUUACAUAACUUUUUGACAUUUUCGUCUGGCCGGGAGGUGCUGCAUUUUUAGACGUAGUGAGAACUUCCGCAAUUUUAAUCGCAAAUUCCAUUCGUGUUACAAGCUUGUGCGUGUAAUAAAUUGAAGACAAAAUAAGAUGAGUUCCACACCAGCUGACUGCAAAUUGUGUGCGAAAAUUGGUUUGAGGCCACUCACACGGGAAAAUGUUCUUUUUUACUAUAUUCCAAUGCAGAGCGUAGUCUCGUAUGCGGCACUUUCAGUGAAUAUCAUGAAUCCGACGCUGGUAGCGAGGCUCGUGCCUAAAAAGGACAUUACCAAUGUCCUCCUGCUUCACACUCUCUUCGGUGUCACGUUGUAUAUUUACAGCCGGCCCCAUUUGAAGGCAAUCACAACCGGCAAGAGGGCAGCCUACAGCCUGCUAGGCGGAGCACUCUUCUCCAUGGGAUCGGUUCUACUAUGGGCAAUUGUCCGCAGCGGAAUACCGAAGGCAAAUUGCGUCGCCACAGCAGCUGGACUAGCGUCCGGGGCAGUAAUCCUCAAGCUGGGACACGACUACUUGGAGGAUUGCGACAAAGCUGCAUCAAAUAAGAACUAAGGACUUAGCGGCGUAGUCGAUAGUUUAGUAAAUAUGUUAGCAAGGUUUCUUCGGGUGAUGAAAAUCCGGCAUUUACUUGCGAAAAUUUCAGGAAGUCAUGGUCAUACUGAGAGGCAAAUUGUUGAGUCGCGACAAGUGCAAUUUUACACCCCAUGUUGGACUAUUUAUUUGCUGUAUCGCUAUUUUGUAAUUUGGAUAAUUUUGUAAAGGAGUUGUGUGAAAAUUACCACGUUGAGUCAUUUACAUUAUAAUAAAAUCAUUUCUUAAAAAGUUA